AGAUUCCCUCAUCCUUGCUGACUGCAGAAGGGCACAGCGAGGCCGGGAGCUGCAGCGGAGUCCGCUCUGAUUACAGACAGUUCGGCCUGAGUUUAGCCCUUUUCCUCCCGCAGACAUGCUGUCCAGGCUCGUGUUGACUUCAGGUUCUGCCCUGAAAAACAGUGGAUCCUUUGGAGCCUGUGUGGUCCAGGCCUCUCGCUCCAUCCACUCAUCCCCCCAGAGCAAAGCCCCCUUGCCCCCUCUGCCAGAGAAGGGAGGAAAGAUUCGUCAUGGAAUCUUCCCUGAAGAACUCUUCUCACUGCUGUACCCCAAAACCGGUGUCACAGGACCCUACAUGUUGGGCACUGGUUUGCUGCUCUACAUGCUCUCCAAGGAGAUCUAUGUCAUCAACCAUGAGACUUUUGCUGCAUUAUCCAUCAGUUCAGUAAUCAUUUAUGGUAUCAAGAAGUUUGGGCCAGGCGUGGCAGCUUAUGCUGACAAACUGAACGAGGAAAAAGUGGCGAAGGCCCAGGAAGUGAAAGAUGUGGCCGUAGCCAGGUUGGCUCAAGCUAUUGAAGAUGAGAAGAAGGAGCAGUGGAGGGUAGAGGGGAGACACAUGCUCUUCGACACUAAGAGGAACAAUGUGACUAUGUUGCUAGAGACCAACUACAGGGAACGGCUGCACAUGGUCACCAGCGAGGUGAAGAGGAGGCUGGACUACCAGGUGGAGCUUCAGAACCUGCACCGACGCAUGGAGCAGGAGCACAUGGUCAACUGGGUGGAGCAGAAUGUCGUCAAGAGCAUCACACCACAGCAGGAGAAGGAGAGCAUUGCCAAGUGCAUUUCUGAUUUAAAGGUGCUGGCUAAAGCCACUCAGGCCAGAGCAGCUGUUUAAGGGUUCCAUUGGAGGUGAUGACUGCUUUUCAUCAUCAAUAAACUUAUUUCCUCGUAAAGUUGGUCUGACUGUGUUGACAAGUGUACAUACACCUAUUAAAUAAACUAUUUGGUUACUCA